CAGAGGCAUCAUGGCAGAAACUGCUUCUCCCUUGAAGCACUUUGUGCUGGCUAAGAAGGCAGUUACUACAAUCUUUGGCCAGUUGCUGGAGUUUGUUACCGAAGUAUCACAUUUUGUUGAAGCAACAUACCGGAAUCCAGAACUUGACCGAAUAGCCACUGAGGAGGAUCUGCUGGAAAUACAGGGGUAUAAAAACAAGCUUUCUGUUAUUGGUGAGGUGCUUUCCCGGAGACACAUGAAAGUUGCAUUUUUUGGCAGGACAAGCAGUGGAAAAAGCUCUGUUAUCAAUGCAAUGUUGUGGGAUAAAGUCCUCCCUAGUGGGAUUGGCCAUACAACUAACUGCUUCCUCAGUGUCGCAGGAACUGAUGGAGAUAAAGCCUAUCUUAUGACAGAUGGAUCAGAUGAGAAAAGAAGUGUGAAGACAGUUAAUCAGCUGGCCCAUGCCCUCCAUAUGGACAAAGACUUGAAAGCUGGUUGUCUAGUGCAUGUGUUUUGGCCAAAGGCAAAAUGUGCCCUCUUGAGAGAUGACCUGGUUCUAGUAGACAGUCCAGGCACAGACGUCACAACAGAGCUGGACAGCUGGAUUGACAAGUUUUGCCUAGAUGCUGAUGUCUUCGUUUUGGUAGCAAACUCUGAAUCAACACUAAUGAAUACGGAGAAGCAUUUUUUUCACAAGGUGAAUGAACGGCUUUCUAAACCUAAUAUUUUCAUUCUGAAUAAUCGUUGGGAUGCCUCUGCAUCAGAGCCCGAAUAUAUGGAAGAUGUACGCAGACAACACAUGGAAAGAUGUAUGCAUUUCUUGGUGGAGGAGCUUAAAGUUGUGGACCCUCUAGAAGCACGGAAUCGUAUCUUCUUUGUCUCAGCAAAGGAGGUUCUUAGUGCUAGAAAACAUAAAAUACAAGGGAUGCCAGAAGGUGGUGCGGCACUUGCUGAAGGAUUUCAGGCAAGGUUGCAGGAGUUUCAGAAUUUUGAACAAAUUUUUGAGGAGUGUAUCUCGCAGUCAGCAGUGAAAACAAAGUUUGAACAGCACACUGUCAGAGCUAAGCAGAUACUAGACACUGUGAAAAACAUAGUGGAUUCAAUAAACGUGGCAGCAGCAGAAACAAGGGUUUAUUCAAUGGAAGAGAGAGAAGAUCAAAUCGAUAGACUGGACUUUAUUCGAAAUCAAAUGAACCUUUUAACACUGGAUGUUAAGAAAAAAAUCAAGGAGGUUACUGAGGAGGUGGCAAACAAGGUUUCAUGUGCAAUGACAGAUGAAAUUUGUCGGCUGUCUGUUUUGGUUGAUGAAUUUUGUUCUGAGUUUCAUCCUACUCCAAGUGUAUUGAAAGUAUAUAAAAGUGAGUUAAAUAAACACAUAGAAGAUGGUAUGGGAAGAAAUCUGGCUGAUCGGUGCACCAGUGAAGUCAAUGCCUCAAUGCUUCAAUCCCAGCAGGAAAUUAUUGAAAAUUUGAAGCCAUUACUUCCAGCUGAUAUACAGAAUAAACUUCAUACAUUGAUCCCUUGUAAGAAGUUUGACCUUAGUUAUGACCUAAAUUGCCAUAAGUUAUGCUCAGAUUUUCAAGAAGAUAUUGUAUUUCGUUUUUCCCUGGGCUGGUCAGCCCUUGUGCAUCGAUUUCUGGGCCCCACAAAUGCUCAGAGGGUGCUACUUGGAUUAUCAGAGCCCAUCUUUCAGCUCCCUAGAUCUUUAGCUUCAACCCCCACUGCUCCUACUAAUCCAGCAACGCCAGUCAAUGCAUCACAGGAAGAACUCAUGGUUACCUUGAUAACAGGAUUGGCUUCUCUUACAUCUAGGACUUCUAUGGGCAUCAUCGUUGUUGGAGGAGUGAUUUGGAAAACUAUAGGCUGGAAACUCGUAUCUGUUUCAUUAAGCAUGUAUGGAGCGUUGUAUCUUUAUGAAAGGCUAACAUGGACCACCCAUGCCAAAGAGAGAGCCUUUAAGCAGCAGUUUGUCAACUAUGCAACUGAAAAAUUGCAGAUGAUUGUUAGCUUCACAAGUGCAAACUGCAGUCACCAAGUGCAACAGGAAAUGGCUACCACUUUUGCUCGUCUAUGCCAGCAAGUUGAUAUUACUGAAAGGCAUCUGGAAGAUGAAAUUGGUAGAUUAUCCAAAGAAAUAGAUCAGCUGGAGAAAAUACAAAGCAAUUCAAAGCUGUUAAGAAAUAAAGCUGUUCAACUUGAAAAUGAGCUGGAAAAUUUUAGUAAGCAGUUUCUGCAUUAAAGCAAUGAAGAAUCUUAACAAAAGAGAUUGCGUUGGUGACCGUGAGAGGAGGAAACAGAACUUGGAAGAUGGGGACAGUUGUUAUUUUUAUGAAAUGACUUCCGUUUGAAUUAUACUAACUGUACUAAAUAGCAAAUCCCUGCGUAGAUUCUGGUAAUUAUCUCAGGGUGUUUGCAUUGCUGAAGCGUGUUAUGGUAGGUCCUUAAUUUUAAUUUGGGGUUUAAAAAAAGAGACAAAAUCGUUUGUGUUAAUGAAUUAGUUAAAAGCAAUAGAACCAACUAUGUGACCCCUGCGGGGUGGGUCCUGGAGCUCUCCAUUAGGGCUUUGUUUUUGAUUCUGGAAAACUCUGCUUCCUGGCAUCCAGGAGUUGGAGAAUAAUCCUUUUAUCUUUUUUUCUCAAAACUAGUUUUUGAUGCCUUCUUUUUUGUUGUUGUUUCAUAAGCUGCCUUGCUUUGACCAUCCAGGAGUGUGGAAUGUUCUUGAGUGUACCACAUCGAUGCAGCUCAGCCUCUUGGCCAUUGUGGCUGUAUGUUAACCAUUAAUAAAUACACUGAUUUCACCCCUUUUAAUCACUUUAAAAAUUGAUGUAAAACAGCAUAAAGGUUUGUUAAUAUAGUUACUUACAAAAGUAUCUGAGUUUAAAUAGUUUCCCAAACUGUUUCUUAAAAAAAAUUUUCAGCUCAGUGCAGUUCUAAGUCCAGUAAGGAAAGCUUUCCUGUCUGUUUUAGGAAUAAAGUUUGAAGUGAAGGGAAAAAAAACCUAGAUAGGGAGAUCAGACGUGGGUUAUAAUAAUGUUGUAAAAGCUCUUUUGUCAGUAGGCACUUGCUUAAAAAGAUUCUGAUGGACUGUCUCCCAGUAGAGGCUUUUACUUUUAUUUAACUGUAUGAAUUUGCCUGGGCUUCAUUAAAAGUUCCUGUACUUUUUUACCUUAGUGUAGUGUUGAUGGGUUCAAGUAUUGUGUCUGUUUCUGUAUUAAAAACUGACAAGUUUAUAUGGAAAUAGUAAAAGUAACAUCAUUCUAAGAUCUUGUUAAAAAAAAUAAAGGAUCACAGGAUCAGAAUCACCUAGAUGCUUGUUAAAAUGCACAACCCAGGAGACAGAGUGCAUCCCGCCAAGUACAGCAUGUGACUCUCUUAUUGGUACUGGGAAUGAAACUCAGGACCUUGUGCUUGCCAGGCAGGCGCAGUGCUGCUGAGCUGUGUCACUAGCUCUUUCUUGGGACAAAGCUUCAGGCCUUUUUCCUCCUAGUGCUUCCUCUUCUGUGCCUUUUAAGGCUCCUGGAUGCUAGUUGUUCUUUUCACAGCAUCUGUGUACCAUGCCGUGAAAGUAUUUUUCAAGAUAUUUGAAGGAGAAAAUUACAUUAUUUAGGCAACAGGAUCUUUUAAAAAAUAUUUAUAUUUUUAUGAAAAUCAGAUAUUUGGAUGCAGUAUUCAAAUUAAAAUACAAAUGGAAAUAGUAAAAGUUUUUAUUGUUGAUAUACAAGCCAAAAUUAGGACAGGCCAUUGAUAAGGGUUAGGUGACGAUAGUAACACACAAAGCUAGUUUCUAAGGCUGGGUACUGCAUCCGUUUCAGUUAACAUGUUCAAGUACUUGAGCUGUGGUUGCCACCUCAGUGCAGGGCGUACAGUGGUUCUUGAAGUUUGAUCCCUGGAUCAUCACUGUCAUUUGUGAACCUGCAAGUGCAGAUUUUCGGGUCUCAACCCAGACCUAAGGAAUCAGAAACUCCAGGUGUGAGGCCUGGCAACGUGUCUUACGAAGCCUGCAGGUGACGCUGAUCCUCACUACAGCUGGGAACACUGGGAUGGUGUUUCUGGCAUAGUCACUGGUAAGCUUGCUUAGUUUGAGUGUUGUUUCACCUGAUCAAGUCAGAAAAUGUAUGGAUGUUGGGAAUGGAACACUGACAUAAUGAGAAAUAACUUCUACCCAGAUAGCAGUGACCCUACAGGUCACGACUUAGGCAGGAAUUAUGUAACUAUGACUGAUGUAAUUCAAAGUUAUUACACAUACUUGCUAUUUACUAUGUCUGUCUGUCUGCAGGGUUAUUUAUAAACUUUGUAUAAUUCUAAACUUUUUACGGAACAUUUUUUAAGUAUGCAAGCUUACACGGUGAAAAUAAAAUUUGUUUGCCAGAUGUAGCCUUUAUACUUGGA